AGCCAGGCGCGCACCGCCCGAGCGCCGGUUCCGCCUGCGCCUGGGACCUGCGCCUGGGAUGUCGGUGCUGCGGUGGCAGGAUCAGCUGCCCGGCCUGAACGCGGCCACCAUCUUGCUGGUGGGCACGGAGGAUGCGCUUCUGCAGCAGCUGGCCGAUUCGAUGCUCAAGGAGGACUGCGCCUCCAACCUGAAGGUCCACUUGGCACAUUCCCUCCCUCUGCCCUCCAGUGUGAAUCGCCCCCGAAUUGACCUCAUUGUGUUCGUGGUCAACCUGCACAGCAAAUACAGCCUGCAGAAUGUGGAGGAGUCCCUGCACCAUGUGGAUGCGACCUUCUUCUUGGGGAAGGUGGGCUUCCUCGCCACGGGCGCCGGGCGGGAGAGUCACUGCAGCAUCCACCGGAACACCGUGCUGAAGCUGGCCCAAGCCUACCGGAGCCCCCUGCUCUUCUGUGACCUGGAGGUAGAAAGCUUUCGGGUCACCAUGGCGCAGCGCCUGGUCCGCAUGCUGCAGGUCUGUGCGGGCCACGUGCCCGGCGUCUCGGCCCUGAACCUGCUGUCCCUGAUGAGGAGCUCCGAGAGCCUCUUCCUGGAGGACCUGUGAGGGCCGCUGCCUGAAGGCCUGGUCGAGGCUUGACAGGCCCUGCCAGGGGUCAGCGGUCACUGCCCCGCGGGAGAGCUGAGCGGGGAGCCCCGCUGGCGGGAGCAGCCCGCCUCCCACUCCCACACUCACUCCAGCAGAGCCUUGUCUCUCCCCGUUGGACACGGUCCAUUUCCCCUCAAGACCUCAUUUGAACAAAGGGUCUGUGGCUAAAAACAGUUAGAAACUCACUUGUCUCACCCACCACUUUGAUUUUGCAGGUGAACUGACUCAGAACAAUUAAGAGGAGGGGAGGGGAGGGGAACGUGGCCUCUGUGAGCCCAGUUUGACUCCAUAUCCGGGCCUUGCUAUUCUUAGAGAAGCUGCUUGUUGCUUCUUGGAGCCUCAGUUUCCCGGGGUGAAAUGAUCUCAUUUUCCCUUGUUGCGCUGUGGGUACUGAAUGAAAUGACAGCGAAGGGCCUGAGCUGGUAUUACUCCCUGUGCUUGCUCGUGGGCUGAUAUUUCUUAAUAAACUUGUCAGUGCCUCGCACAGUGCCAGGUAGGCACUCAGUGAA